UAUCCGGGAACUGGAGCAGGUGAUGGAUACGUGAAUAAUUUCAUUCGCGGGUAAACCGUAUAGAUUAUGAAUAAAGGGUUAUAUUUAGUACAGCCUGUUCACAGUAUUAACUUAGCGUGAAGGUUAUUUGAAUCUGUGUGAAGGCAAAUCAUCCAUUAUACAUUCGAAUCUUAUCAUUUUAACCAGUUUAUGCGUAUCUGUGCAAAGUUGGACUUAAAGCUUGUGGCCGUGGUUUGCAUACUGAGGUAAUGCAAUCAGAUCAGCAAGCAAAAAGCAGUGUGCAAUGGAUGUUAAAACAUUAUGUCUUCUCCCGGUACUCUCCAUUGUUAUAGGGAUGUCAGAACAAUUUGAAACAGUCUCCGUGGACACAAACAUUGGGAUUAUCAAUGGAUUAGUGGAAGACGUAACAUUUCUUGGUAAAUCUUUCAGAAUUCACAAAUUUCUUGGUAUACCUUACGCUGAACCACCAAUAGGAAAAUUGCGAUUCCAAAAUCCAGUUCCGAAGUCUCCACUUGAAGAACCUUUAGACGCCUUUAAACACAAUAACGUAUGUCUUCAAAUGCUAGGACUAUUCGAUAGCAAAAGAUUAACAUAUGAUGAGGAUUGCCUGUAUCUAAAUAUCUACGCACCUGAAAGAAAACCAGAAGAUGAGUUGUUGCCAGUUAUGGUUUGGAUUUAUGGAGGUGGUUUUACUUUUGGCUUCGCUGACAUGUACAUAGGAGACCACUUGGCUACUCAUGGAAAUGUAAUAGUGGUAACACUCAAUUAUAGAUUGUCUGUUUGGGGGUUUCUUGCGACUGGGGACAAAAAUGCACCGGGAAAUUAUGGCUUAUGGGACCAGCAUAUGGCUAUAAAAUGGGUACAUGAUAACAUCGCCGCGUUUGGGGGAGAUACGGAAAAGGUAACGCUAUUUGGGGAGUCAGCCGGAUCGGCCAGUGUGAUGCAUCAAGCCUUAUAUCCUGGAAAUAAAGGACUUUUUCAGAGAGUUAUAGGUCAAAGCGGAAGUGUUGGUAAUUUUUGGGGAAAUAAUGAAAAGUAUUCUGAAAAUGCAAAACAUCUCGGAGCUCUCGCUGAAUGUGAAACAGAAGACUCGGAAGCAUUAGUUUCUUGUCUGCGAGAGGUAUCCACUGAUCAGUUAGUAGAGUUCGUUACCAAUGCAACAUAUGGAUUGAUAUCGUGUCCAUUUCCUUUCUUACCAACAGUUGAUGGCAGAUUUGUUUCUACCGAUCCUAAACACAUUUUUGACAAAAACACAGAUAUCCCGAGCGAAAUCGCAGACUUCUUUUCAAGCUUGGAUAUAAUGUCAGGCGUUAAUUCGGGAGAGGGUAGCUUAGGUUUAAGUCCAUUUACAGGAGUGAUUAAUGCCGAGGAAUUUUCUCCGAACAGAACAUUCUUUGAAGAAAUUUUAGUUCCCUUGAUGAUAAAAGUCUGCAUCAGAGAAAACAUACCUCGAAUUGCUAUAGAUGGUGUGAUACAGGAAUAUACAAACUGGGAAAAUCCAGAUGAUGGUGACAGGGUUAAAGACGAAUUUGUGUCAAUGUGGGGCGAUGUAUCGUUUACCAGAGACUUGUACAAGACCCUGGAUACGCAUUCAAAUGUGUCCACCAAUCAACGUACUUACAUGUAUAUGUUUGAUUUUGAACCUGAACAUAAGAGUUCUUUCAGGCCAGCUUCUUGGUUUAAGAAGCUUGGACAUGGGCAAGAUCUUCCUUUUACGUUUGGGUUUAAGAACCCUGAAGAGCUAGAAGAGAUGUUUCAUGCGUCACCGCGGAGAUGGGAAGAACGUCUUUCUGCAGAUAUCAUGACGUUAUGGACAAAUUUUGCAAAAACUGGAAAUCCGAAUUCGCCUGAAGACCUCGGGCUUGACUGGAUUCCAUACACCCUGAAACAUCAACAUUAUCUGCAGAUAUCACGUGACAUGACAUCAUCAAAUGUGAAACAACGCUGGAACACGCGAAGAGCAAAUUUCUGGGCAAAUCUGUUGCCACAAAUGAUUAAAUCGGCAAGAUGUGAAGAAUCUAAAUAUGAUGAACGUCAAAAUCAAGGAACGUGCCCUAAGGACCAAAACUGUUCUCCCUAAUUCCCUCAUUAAAACGACAUCAACACAGAACAAUGCACAACACAAUAUAAGAUUGGCUACAGUGACAGUGGUAAGAUUGUGUGUAACUAUGACGACAGUUCAAAGUUACAAAAGUAGCCGGUGAGAAUGUAUACAUUUCUUUACUCACAUACUGAAAAUUGUACACAUAAUAACGUUAUUCGUUAUUUCGAUUAUAACACUUGUCAUGUCAAAAUUAUUCGUAAUGAAAAAUGAUGUCAUUUAAUUGAUUUAUAACCGCAGCUAGUGUCAAAAUUGUCAUAUGAGAAAACCAACAUAAUGCAUUUGCGACCAGCAUGGAUCAAGACCAGCCCGAGCAUCUGCGCAGUCUGGUCAGGAUCCUGGUGAUGCCGUGCGCUUUCAAAGAUUAUUGCAUUUAGAGAAACCGUUAGCAAACAGCAUGGAUCCUGACCAGACUGCGCGGAUGCCCAGGCUGGUCUGGAUCCAUGCUGCUCGCCAGUGCACUAUGUUGGUUUUCUCAUGAUGCGGCUAAAAAUGUCAUUAAAUUGAUAUAUAACCGCAUCUAGUGUCAAAAUUGUCGUACCGUAAUUAGAAGCGAAGGACCCUGUUUUCAAUAAUGAAAAUGUUAUAUGACAGUGCACUCGAGUAAAUGACGGUUAAAAUGAGUAUUAUUUACAUCAUAGGUAGGUGAGUCCGUCAGGUGCAACGGCUAUACGUGGAAACGUUUAAACGUACUUGAUCAUGCUGAAUUCAAGCUCUCUUUAUGUAGCAGAUGCCAGUUUUGGGCUUUCCGAAAGCCAGGCGGAGAACGUCUUCCUUUGAUUCAGCAGAAGUCACAUAAACACAGAGACCCGAAAACUAUUAGUAAUUAUGUAUAGAUGCAACACAAUAAUUUGAUGUUAUCCCUUUUGGGAAUAUGCCGAAAAUAGUAAUUGCACAUUUAUGAUGAAAUGAUUUUGCUAUUUUUGUAAGUAUUGUGAAAUAUAAAUAUAAAGUUAAGAUCAUUUUCACUGGUAUGACCUUUUUCGUAAUUAUGACUUGGCAGACAUUGUUUGUCAAUAAUAUCAUAUUACCAAAUUUUCACUAUCUAAAAUCCAUACACAAUAUCUACCAUUUACAAGACCCUGUAGUCCAUACAACUUACAUGAAAGAAAAAUUUCAAAGUGCAAAUCUAAGACACAACCGAAACCUAAGAUCUGUUGUUAAUUCAGAACUAGUUGCUCCAAAACCAAAAAUGGAAUUCUUUCGGAAAUCUCUGUCUUACUCAGGUCCAAAAAAUAUGGAAUGUUCUACCUGCAAAUAUCCGCAAGUGUGAGACACUAAGGACAUUUCAAACAUCUUAUGUCAAAUGGCAUUUCUCCUCAGUAUCCUAAAUCAGUGUACCAAAGUAUGUUGUAGCAUAUUUUCAGUUUGUAUGAUAGUAGUAAUAUAUAAAAUAUUCGUAUGUUUUUCUAUAUAUGUAAUUGUACUAUGUAGUUGUUCUUUGGUUUUUGUUUUCGUAAUUUAUGUAAAUCUUGUGUAUCAUUGUAUUGUUGAAUGUUUUAUCAUCUGUAUAUUAUGUAUAUAUUCUGAGACCCACAUGGAAGAUUGGGAAACCAAAUGUGUAGCCUCAUUAAAUAAAGUCUUUACUUACUUACUUACUUAUACAUAGCUGAUAGGGAAAACUCGGAGCUAAUUUCUAAAAUAUUACCACAUUUGGCGUGGUGGCAAAAAGCAGGAGUCUUGUAAUGCA